UACCAGAAGGCGCUGUGCUCAGCCACUGGGAGAGCACACAGGGUGAUUAGACCCCAAAAUGCAGAAAUGUGCUAUUGUUUGCUAACUGCCAAAUAUGCAUGGGGCAAAGAACUGAGAGAACAUCUUCAGGUCCAGUGUCCUAAGACUGAUGGUUUGCCUUGAGAGCUGAUAGUUCAGGACCAGUGUCUUUGAUUGCCAGAAGCAUUGUCCCUUUUCAUUCUUUGUGCUGCUUCAACUAAUAUUCCUUGCACAGAAGAUAAAGCAGGCCAACCUCCAUGAAUCAUUCUUGUACACCCUGAUGGGCCCAACUAUUGACGUUAGCUGGGCCCUUUGUAUACCAGCAUGUAAUUUGACUUGAUACUUGCCAGAGAAGAGAAUACCCCACUGUGAACAACUCAAUUUAGCAUCCUGUUUUGAUAUCACUCAAAGGACGGGAGCGGCUCUGAUACUAUAUUUCAAUUAAAGGUUGAAGUUUCCCCUUGACCUCCUCGUUUUUUCAUCAGAUUUAAUGCUUCUGUGGAGUUGUCCAUUCAUACUCCCCACCCUAAGCUCUGCAUGGACUGCCCUCCAUUAACUUUGUGUCAUCUGUUUUCCACGCCAGGCUGAUAUUAGCAUUCAAGAUUUGGGUGAAUACCUUAACUACAUUCCUCUUACCAUGUCGCGCCCAGGCACUCUAUUACCAGUCAGCGGACAGAAUUUUGGAGGUCAAGGGGCUCCACUUCGUGUUGUAGUCUGGGAGUGGUUGAAUGAGCAUGGGCGCUGGAGACCAUACACAGCUACUGUCUGUCAUCAUAUUGAAAAUGCCUUAAGAGAGGAUGGCCGGGGACGAGUAGCUUUAGGCCAGAUUGACACACAGCUUACACCUUAUGUCAUCGAUCUGCAAACCAUGCACCAGUAUCGCCAAGACACAGGGACUGUCCGCCCAGUAAGACGCAGUUUCUUCGAGCCAUCCUCUGCCCCUGGGAAAGGCAUUGUUUGGGAGUGGGAAAAUGAUGCAGGUUCUUGGACUCCUUAUGAUACAGAGAUCUGCAUUGCUAUCCAGAAUGCUUAUGAGAAACAGCAUCCUUGGCUGGACCUUACUACUCUUGGUUUUUGCUAUCUGGUGCAUUUCCAAAGCAUGUGCCAGGUCAACCGUCAAACGCACCGCAAACGUCGGCUGAGGAGACGCAUGGACCUGGCAUACCCUCUUACCAUGGGUUCUAUACCCAAAUCCCAAUCCUGGCCUGUGGGAUCAGGCUCAGGUUUACCAUGCUCUUGCCCUCAGUGCCUUCUGGUCAACAGUACUAGAGCAGCUUCAAAUGCUAUCUUGGCAUCCCAGAAAGUUAAGGUUCCACCUGGUCCACCACCUGCCCUGCCACCUCCUCCACUAUUACACCAAGCAGGGUUAAGGCAGAGCAAUACAUUUAGUGGUGGAGCAGCAGGGUGGGGCAGGGUUGGGGAAGGAGGGCGUUCUACCAUAAGUAUCAGAAAUGGCUCUGGAUUUUCCCGUAGUCAGAGUGUUCCAGGCACGGCUCCGUACCCAGGACAGAAUAAUCUCAACAGGCCAGGAGUGCCAAGAACUAGUGGAAGCAGCAGCAGAGCCUCUAUACCACCAGGGGUCCCAGCACUUCCUGUGAAGAACCUCAAUGGGACAGGCCCAGUACAUCCAGCCUUGGCAGGAAUGACAGGUAUUUUGAUGUGUGCUGCUGGGCUGCCUGUCUGCCUUACCAGAGCACCCAAACCCAUCCUGCACCCACCUCCUGUGAGUAAAGAGGACAUCAAACCUGUCAGCGGCAUUAGUGGUAUCUGUCGGAAGACCAAGAAGAAGCACUUGAAGAAGAAUAAGAACCCAGAAGAGGUUGUACGGCGGUACAUACAAAAAAUUAAAUCACCUCCAGAUGAGGACUGUACCAUCUGCAUGGAGCGUCUGGUCACUGCAUCGGGCUAUGAAGGGGUUCUAAGCCACAGAGGAGUCCGUGCCGACCUAGUGGGGAAACUGGGAAAGUGUACCCAUAUGUACCACGUAUUGUGUUUGGUGGCCAUGUACAAUAAUGGAAAUAAGGAUGGCAGCUUACAGUGUCCUACAUGUAAAGCAAUUUAUGGAGAAAAAACAGGCACACAGCCCCCUGGGAAAAUGGAAUUCCAUGUGAUCCCUCAUUCCCUGCCUGGGUAUCCUGAGUGUAAGACCAUCCGCAUUGUAUAUGAUAUUCCCAGCGGCAUGCAGGGGCCCGAGCAUCCCAACCCUGGGAGGAAGUUUACAGCUAGAGGAUUCCCACGGCACUGCUACUUACCAGAUAACGAAAAAGGGAGGAAGGUCCUGCGAUUACUUGUGGCAGCAUGGGACAGACGUUUGAUAUUUGCCAUUGGCACAUCUAGUACAACAGGAGAGUCCAAUACAGUGGUGUGGAAUGAAAUCCACCACAAGACUGAAUUUGGAUCUAACCUUACUGGCCAUGGUUACCCAGAUCACAACUAUCUAGACAAUGUGCUCGCUGAGCUAACCCUGCAGGGAGUAAGUGAAGAGCGGGCACUGCCCUAUUGAUCAAAGACUAUUCCAAUGCUGGAAAGACAAGAAACAUUACACCCCGUGAAGGCUU